AUGGAACAAGAAGAAGAUAAAAAAAAUUUAUUUGAAGCUGAUCCAACAAUCCCUGUUUCAUGCACACUAUACAUCAACAAUCUUGAUCAAAGUAUUAAACCAAAUAGAAUUAGAGAUUCUCUUAAUACUGUUUUUGGAGCAUAUGGAAAUGUACUUCAGGUAUGUGUUAGAAAAAGCUUAAAAAUGAGAGGACAGGCAUUUGUUAUUUAUGAUACGAAAGAAUCAGCACAAUUUGCAAUGGAAUCAUUACAAAAUCAUGAAUUAUUUGAUAGACCAAUGCAUAUCAACUACUCUAAAGUUGAAAGUGAUAUUAUUGUUAAGAAUCAAGGAAAAGAAAUUACUCGUGAAAGAAAACCAAAACAAAUUAAAGUUCAAAUAGAAAAAACUCUUGAACAUGAAGAAAGUCCAAUUAACCAAGAUACAGAAAAGAAAGAAUCUAAUGAGACUAAACUUCCUCCAAACUCACCAACCAAAUAUACAAAUAAUAGGUUAUUUAUUAAGAGUGUUCCACAAAGUGUAAGUAAACAAAGAUUAGAAGAAUUAUUUAAACAACAAGAAGGUUUUGUUGAAGUUAGGUAUAUUGUUAUUAAAGGAAAUGCUGUAGCAUUUAUAGAAUUUAAAGAUGAAACAUCAUCAGAAAAAGCAAUGCAAAAAGGUAUAGGACAGAGUGAAGGAAUUAUACUCCAAUUUGCUAAUUAA